GUGAGGGCUGGAGGGGUCCGCAUCCAGGAAGGGGGAGGGUGCCUGGAGACCAGCCCCAGGUGGAGGCCGUCAGCCGGCAGGGCGGGGUGCGAGGGGCCGGUCCGGGCAGCCUCCUGUUUGGAGGAAAAGAGAACGGAGGGCAGGGCUCGCCCAGGGAGGGUAAGGAAGGGAGCCCGGCUCCGCUGGCUCAGUCCGCGGCACCCCUGUCCUGGGGCUCAGCCCCCCGGGGCCCUGGCUUGGGUGGGCCGGCGGCUGUCAGGGGCCAGAGCCCUGAUGGAUAAACGCUGACGGCCCCUCUCCCGCGCCCCGCGCCCCGCGCCCCGCGCCGCUGACACCCAUCACGCCGCGGCGGGGACCCGGGAGACCUGGCGGCCUCUGUGCACCCCCGCGGCAGCCUGCGGGCAACGGGGGCGGGAGGCGCCGGGCGCCCCUGACUCGGCCGCACACCUGCGCCGCAGUCCGCUCUCCGGGCGCUGCCUCCCGGGUUCCCGGCCGCUCCACCGCGCGCCCCGAGAGCUGAGCCGGUCCCGGCGCACGAGGCCGGUGGCCAUGGUGCCCGGCCCUGCCCCAUAGCAGGCUGCCAUGUCGCGGGAGGCGGGCUCAUGCCACGUGGGCACAGGGGCGAGGGCGCGGUCUCGGAAGCCCAAGAAGCCACACUACAUCCCGCGGCCCUGGGGCAAACCCUACAACUACAAAUGCUUCCAGUGCCCCUUCACCUGCCUGGAGAAGUCGCACCUCUACAACCACAUGAAGUACAGCCUCUGCAAGGACUCCCUGUCCCUGCUGCUAGACUCCCCAGACUGGGCGUGCCGCCGCGGCUCCGCCACGCCCAGGCCCCGCGCACCCACCCCAGACCGCCCUGGGGAGUCCGACCCCGGCAGGCAACCCCAGGGAGCACAGCCCACAGGUGCUGCCCCCACGCCUGACCUCGUGGUCGCCGAUGUCUGCUCCCUGCACCGUGGCGGAGGCCCCAAGCCCAGGGCCGAGGGGUCCCCAGGGCCACCACCCCCUGUGGCUAGGGCCACCCGGAAGGGUCCCGGCCCCAGUGGGCUCCUGCCUGAGUCGUGGAAGCCGGGGAUGGGAGGGGACCCCAGGGGCGUGGGUGCGGGGGACAUGGCCUCAGCAGGCCCUGAGGGCAGCGUCCCCUGCUAUCCCCCGCCUGCCCCAGGGGAGUUCCCUGAGGCCCACAGCCUCCACCUGUCUCUGCUGGGCGUCAACUACCCACUCAGCCCGGGCCUCUUCUCCUACUUGGGGCCCUCACUGGCCGCUGCAGCCCACGUGCCCUUCCUGGCCUCGGCCAGCCCCCUGCUGCCCCCGGCUGCGGCCUUCCCAGCCGUGCAGCCCCCUCAGCGCCCCACCCCGGCCCCCCGCCUGUACUACCCGCUGCUUCUGGAGCACACUCUGGGGCUGCCAGCAGGCAAAGCUGCCCUUGCCAAGGCCCCUGUCUCCCCCAGGAGCCCCUCUGGGACUCUGGCUCCUGGCCUACUGAAGGUGCCAGUUCCAGGGCUGGGGCCCUGGCCCCAAGUCACCCCCAGGGACCCAGGGCAGGAGGGGGAGCUAGAGCGGGCAGCCCAGAGUGACCCCAGGAGGAGGCUGUCCCUGGGAAGCAGGCUGGAGCUUCCGAAGGCAUCCCCCAGCCUGACAAGGUUCUGUUCCCGGAGCAGCCUGCCCACCGGCUCCUCUGUGAUGCUGUGGCCUGAGGACAGGGAGCCAGGCAGCCCUGAGACCCCCGGCCCUGAGGGCCCCCUCCCCCCGCAGCCACGGGGCCCAGUGCCAGGAAGCCCGGAGCAUGUGGGCGAGGACCUGACCCGGGCCCUUGGUGACUACGCCAGGGUGGAGCAGCGCCUGGGACAGCUGGGGCCCGCGGGGGGCCUGGCCCCGAGACCCCUGCGGGAGCAGCUGGGCAAGAUCCGCCUGGAGCUGCUCACCAUUCACCAGGCACUGGAGCGGGCCGUGAGGCCGCCAGACGCACCCCUCGACCUCUCUGUGAAACGCGCGCCUGCCAAGGGGCCCCAGGCUCUUGGAGAGGCAUGGGGGCGGCCCGAGCUGGGUCCCGUGUUGACCGGGGGUACCCCUCAGCCACCCAGCAUGCUGGGCCCUGCAGCGCCCCAACCCUUCUCCGGCCACACCACCAAGUGUGAGGCCGACUCCAGCGUCCCACCCCCAGGGCUCCCCCUCCCAGCCCCAGAUGACCCUGUCAUUCCUGGCAGUGGCUGGGGCACCUGUGUUGCGACGAGGAGUUCCCAGACCCCUGAGGCUGUCUGUGGCCUGCAGAGCCCCCAGGGCGCCGAGGUCUGACCUGUAGCGCCUGAGGUCCGACCGUCUCUGCCUGCAGCGUGCCGGCCCCUCCUGCAGCCCGUGCCCCUCACCUGCCCCAGCCCCGUGGCCAAGGCCUGGGACCUGCCCCGCCUCCGCAUGCAUGUGGAUAGACCCUCACGGGCCGUGGCCAACGCUUGUCCCUGGGGCCACACAGGGACACUGGAGGUCACAGUUAUUUAUGGAUCACAAUUGUGGACAUUAAAACAGAAACUGUUCACACACA